GAAAAAAGUUACGGCUUUCUUCUUUUGUCUCCACCAAUCCAAUUAAUCCUCAACUCAAUUCACAACAGAGAGAGAAUCCAUGGGGGAAUGUAAAGUGAGGAGGAUAAACCUCGGAAGCCAAGGCCUCCAAGUAUCUGCGCAAGGCCUUGGCUGCAUGAGCCUCUCCGCCUUCUUCGGUGUCCCCGACCCCAAAACCGACCCCAUCUCUCUCCUCCAUCACGCUAUCAACUCCGGCGUCACUUUCCUCGACACCGCCGACAGCUACGGUCCCCACACCAACGAGUUGCUCCUCGCCAAGGCUCUGAAGAAUGGGAUGAGAGAGAGAGUGGAGAUUGCUUCAAAAUUUGGGAUCAUUUAUGGAGAGGGGAAGAGAGAGAUAAAGGGAGAUCCUUUUUAUGUUAGGGCUGCUUGUGAGGCGAGUUUAAAGCGUCUUGAUGUUGAUUGCAUUGAUCUUUACUAUCAGCAUCGGAUUGAUACUCGUGUUCCUAUCGAAAUCACUAUGGAGGAGUUGAAGAAGUUGGUUGAAGAGGGUAAGAUAAAGUACAUUGGUUUGUCUGAAGCCUCUGCCUCUACUAUCAGAAGAGCGCAUGCUGUUCAACCAAUUACUGCAGUGCAGUUAGAAUGGUCCCUGUGGACGAGAGAUGUGGAAGAAGAAGUCGUCCCCACCUGCAGGGAGCUUGGGAUCGGGAUUGUUGCUUACAGUCCUCUAGGACGUGGCUUCUUUGCAUCUGGACCAAAGCUUCUCGAGAAAAUAGAGAAUAAUGACUACAGAAAGUCUCUACCGAGAUUCCAACAGGAAAACUUAGUCCACAACAAGAUUCUUUACGAGAAAGUUUGUGCAAUGUCGGAGAAAAAAGGAUGCUCUCCUGCACAACUAGCCCUUGCAUGGCUUCACCACCAGGGAGACGAUGUUUGUCCCAUCCCGGGAACUACUAAGAUUGAAAAUCUCAAUCAGAACAUUGGAGCUUUAUCUGUUAAACUCACUCCAGAAGAGAUGUCUGAGCUGGAGACCAUUGGCCACCCAGAUUCUGUGAAAGGAGAAAGAUUCAGUAACUUGGUGCCUAACUUUACGAACUCCGACACUCCACCAUUGUCGUCUUGGAAAGCCCCUUAAACCCCACCUGAAAGUUUGUCGGGCUAUGGCUGCACAUUGGCAUUAAUGUGGUGUAACUUAUGUCAGACAAGUCGAGGUAAUAACAUGUAGAUGUUGUGUGUUAUGUUGCAUUUUCGUGAGUUCCACCUAUGCACUAGUCUCUAAGGCUUUACACCUUGUAAGAAUAAAAAAUGCAUAUGAUGGAUGAUUCAGUAGUUAACCAAUUUACUGUAUCUACAAGAUUUUGAAAUAUUUUCCUAAUUUCGAAUAUUCAACUUGA